UAUGGUGGUGGUGUAUCACCUCCAUUGAUGUGAAAAAUGCCAACAAGAAACUGUUUGCAAAGUUGAAGGUGGCAUGGUGGUUCCACUAAUGGAUGCUGCUGCAAAGCAGCAUUUAAAGAGAGUAGCCUGUGAGAGGCUGGUCACACCUGGGGCCAGACAGGGCUUCCUUCAUUCAUUCUCCAACACACUGGGUCUGCACUCAGAUGAUGGGCCUUAUAGAAAUCAGUCCCUGAGGUUUCUCAGAUUUGCUAUGAGCUGCCCUCUUGUGGCCACACAAAAGGCUGUCAGAAGUGCUGCAAGAGGGGGGGGGGAGAGCUUUCCAUGCACAGUUCUGCUCCCUUGUGAGGGAAAAUGCUCCAGCAAUUAAGUUCAGUAACCUGAAAACAUUCAGCAUAGAUGCUUAUUAAAUUAAAAUCUAAUGUCGCCUUUUAAGUGCCAAAGUUUUACUUUAUUUUUAUGAACCGGUGCAGAAUUAUAUAUCCAGUUCACAUGGGCAUAUUACCGUAUUGCAAUCAAAUACUGUAUCUGCAAAUGACUAUUGUUUGGUUGUUCAAAGAUACCUUGGUGUGUUUUAACUAUUUCAGGAACUGUGACCAUAUAGUCCUGCUUCAUACAUGAGUCACCCUGUGAUAUACCACACUCAGAGAGAGAAAAUUAUUUCAGUUGGCUGCACAUGCACAUACAUAUGUGAUUCACGUUGUUGUUGUGGGCACACCUCUGUCUUGAGAGACAAUGGAGUAAGCCUCCAGGGGUGAAGUGAAAACGCUGGGUUAGUAGCGCCAGUGCCUCCACAGGGUGCAAGCCUGGGCAGUGUGUAUGAAGGUCCUGGGCUGACCAGACCACAAGAUGCCCUGCAUUCAGUCUCAUGGAUGUCGUCCAAAGGAAAGCGGAGCAACACAUUUGGCCUAAGCUUGGCUGCAGGAGUUGCUGGAAAGAGGUGUAAAAGGCACCAUCCAACCAUUUUUGGGACUCCACUCCAGAUUUGUGUAGGGUAUUGGUCUCGUCUGCUCAAUCCUCCGGAGCUCGUCGUCACGUGCAGGGGAAGUUCCUGAUGGUUUGAAACUCGGCGGCUACCCUCACAUGCACCAUUGUAAAUAUAUGUGGUGUAUUUGUUGGUUUGCUAUUUAUGAAAGGUUUCCCGUACAAUUUCACUUUAUUGUAUUGUCAGACCUAUACUGACUCUCCAGAGCUGUAGUGCUGUCUCCUCUCAGCAUGACCCAAAGCCACCAGGGGUGGAGAGCAUAGCUGCCAAGUUAUCCCUUUUUUUAAGGGAUUUUCCCUUAUGCUGAAUAGGCUUCCUCGCGAGAAAAGGGGAAACUUGGCAGCUAUGGUGGAGAGGCUGCCUAUGUAUUAUGGUGUACAUAGCAGUAUCACUAUCUAAUCCUUUGGACUUGACUUUUGGCACCGUUGUCAAAAAACCUUGGCCGCUGCUACGCUUCUUGAAGAAGUACAUUUGUUUUCCAGAUAUGGGAAAUAUUUCAGAUUCCAAUGUGUCAGACUCACAUUUUUAUGUGCCUGAGAUUUAUCUGUCCUCUUUCUGUAUAUAUUAGCAGCAAGUUGUGGGACUAGUACAGCUAUAAAAGUUUGGUUUUAUAGAAUGAUUAUCCUGUGUAAAACUGGAAAUCUGUGUGACUUGCCUUUAAAAACAACAUUCUUUCUUGCCAGAAUCAAGUUAAGUAAAAUGUAUAUGCAUUGUUCUGAAUGCAUAUACUGUAAGCUGCACAGAUUUUUAUUUCUUGAGUAAUUCUCUUUUUUUAAACUCAUUUUUUCUUUAAAAAAGAGUUUUGACACUGUUGUGUUUCACGUGCUGUCCGUCCUCCCGUUUUAAGCAGCAAAUUGCAACUCCAUCUGAACCAUUUCCUGUUUAAACAAAGAAUGAAAGGGGAAAGGGAAUAACAUUAACUUCCUGAAUGACAGCAUUCCAGUUCUGAGACUGGCCACGAUGCAGCUGCCAAUCAGAAACAGGCCUUGGAGGGAAGCUCUGGGAUGCUGUUUACACGUUCUGUGAUUUCUCCUUCUCGCUUCUGAUGUCGUCCAACUUGGAAAGUUCUCUUGGUUUGUUGCUGUUACAUGUCUGUGUAAACAUCUAGGACUUUAAUUCCCGCAUCAAAUGGAAAUCAAACUAAAAGGAAAGGGCUGCUUGUACCUCUGUAGCUUCAGAUCGUUCUGAAAGAAAUAAGCCCGACCACCGCUCUUCAGGCCAAGGCCCCCUGUCAUCCAUUAAAGCAGCAAUCAAGAGAACACUCAUGAAUAGUGCACAUCAAAUAUGCCCCGUGGAAGAGCUUCUCGGACAUCUGGCCACAGUGAACAGCAAAGAGAGAGAAGGCGCCCUGAAAUCACAAUAGUUGCAGCUGAGCCGCUUGGGCCAUCCUCCUGGUUUCCUGGUGGAAAUCAUGUCCCUCAGCAAGGGCUAGGUUUUCAGUCGUCUCACACCCAGGCCCCUUGGAGAACAAAUGAUCUUGUUUCAGCCGAGCCCCCUUCCUAUGAGCAGGUAAUCAAAGAGAUCAAUCGAGUGCAAGUCAACACCCCUAGCAACAAUAAUGCUGCCAGUGCUGUUCAUGCAAGAUGCACCGCUACAUCUUCAACACAGACUGACUUUCCAGAACAGAUAAUCAGCAAUUUGCCAGGAACAAAUGUGAAAAGUAAUCUGCAGGGUCUCUGUGAAUGCGAAAGCACUCCAGCUGUACCCAUUCCUCGAAAGCCACCCAGACCUUCAUCAUCUCUGCUGAUCAGCAAUCCUCCCAAAAAUGAGGAACUUCUAGUUGUGUUGGAAGAGGAGCAGGCAUGUCAGGAGAAGCCUAAUGCUGUAAUAUGUCCUGUUCCAAAACCAAGAUCAAAAGGCAAUCUGAAACCUGUUGCUAGAGAUCCACAAAGCAACGCACAAGACAAUCAGGAAGAAGAAAGCCAGUCAAGGACUGAAAAGGACACAUCGGCAAUUCAGCUGCUGUCCUUACUAGAUGACAGCCUUUGGGACACUCCAAUGGACAAUAUGGAUAAAGAUAAGAGCCAAAGUAGCAUACUAUCUCGGAUUAAAGCUUUUGAAUCGCAAACAAACACCGAAACAAAGAAGCCAGAAAUAUCUCCACGCUCCUUAGGCCCCAAACCCAUAAUAAGUGCAAAAAAGCCUGCGGUGGCCCCAAAGCCAGUGGCCAACAGAGCUUCGGGUGAGUGGGAUUCGUGGACAGAAAGCAAACUAAAGGUCAUUUCCCAGGAAAGGCAACCGCAACCUCAAGAAGCUGGGAGCAACAUAGCCAAGCCUGAAUUGCCAAAGAAACCAAAAUCAGGCAUUGUAAAAAGCAGUAGCAAUGGACUGCUUAGUUCAACAAGCAAGUCAACUUCAGAAAAUAGUAAUGGACAGAGAAAAUCUCCCAUUCCUGCUCCUCGGCCACUUGUUCCCAAGAAGUCGGUUUCGUUUGAAAGUCCUGCCCUUCCCAUGCUUCCACUAAAGCCAGUAAGUGCUACUCCUAGGCUCUCUGUAGCUACCCAGUCUAAUGCCUUUCGAUCCCUGGCGGAGCCCCCUGCAAGCAGCCUCUCAGCACCUCCAGGGCAGAGCAAGCCACCUGCGGAAGGAGACCUGAUUAGCUUUGAUGAUGAUGUUUUACCCCCUAACUCAGCUGGGACUCCUCAGGAACUUACGCCGUCAGAAUCCGAUGUUGUCAUUUUGCCCUCCAAACAAGAGCCUGCAAAAGAACAGGCAGUUCAACCAGCUGUUGUGCGCAAACCCACUGUGAUCCGAAUCCCAGCUAAACCAACAAAAGCUUUAAAUGAAGUUCCAGAGAGCCCUCCUCCACUUCCUACAGAAAAACCAAUAGGGAACACAUCUGGCGUUUCGGCUGGGAAACCCAAUAACAACAAAGCAACAAAAAAUGUGGAAUCUGAGCAUUCUAGUUUGAAACAGUCAUCAAAGAAUGAACCCAUAAUGCCCCCAAGGCCUGGUGAUGGAAAAACCACGCCAGCUCGACCUCCUCCACCCAAGGGUGCCCCUGGAAGGCCACCACCACCAAAGUCCACCAAGGCCUCAUCACAAAAGGGGAGGUUUUCUCGCUCCUCAUCUGACGUGAACCUCCAUAAACAACCAGGCAAAUCAGGGCCAGGAGUCAAGAGAACAAAGAAUGAUACUGCUAAAAAUCAAGAUCCAGCUUUACCUCCUCGACCCAAGCCAGGCCAUCCUCUCUACAGUAAAUACAUGCUUCCUGUGCCUCAUGGAAUCGCCAAGGAAGAUAUCUCUCCACAAGAUCCCGGCCAUCUCUCUUGCAAGCGUGGAGAUGUGCUUGUGCUGGUAGACCAUGUUGACAACAGCAGCAUUGAAUGUCAAAAGGGCGAAGAAACUGGCAAAGUUCAUUCAUCCCAGAUGCAGAUAAUAACUCCACUGGAUGAGAGUUUGAAAAGCAGACAGAGGGAUUCGGACAAUAUGCGGAAGAUUUCUGACCCACGUGUUCCUCAUGCGAUAGUGCUGCAUGAUUUUCUAGCAGAACAUACUGAUGAUUUGGACCUCUAUUCUGGGGAGACCGUUUAUCUUCUGGAGAAAAUAGAUGACGAGUGGUACAGAGGAAAAUGCAAGAAUUGCACAGGGAUCUUUCCUGCCAGCUUUGUCAAAGUUAUUGUUGAUAUUCCAGGAGAAAGCAACAGGAAAAAAGGGCACUUUUCAUCAUCAAGUAUCGUAGGCCCUAGAUGUAUAGCUCGAUUUGAGUACAUCGGAGAUCAGAAAGAUGAAUUAAGCUUUUCAGAAGGUGAAAUUAUUACUUUGAAGGAAUAUGUCAAUGAAGAAUGGGCUAGAGGAGAGCUGAGAGGCACACCUGGAAUUUUCCCCUUGAACUUUGUAGAAAUUAUUGAAGAUCUCCCUGGACCAGAUGGUGGAACAUCACUGAAUAAGAAUUCUGUGUCUGUGUCACAGCUGGAAGGACAUGGUGGACAGUGGUGUGAUGCACUCCAUGAUUUUAUAGCGGAAACGCAGGAAGACUUGUCUUUUAAAAGGGGAGAUCGCAUCUUGAUAUUGGAACACUUGGACUCAGAGUGGUACAGAGGGAGGCUGAAUGGAAAGGAAGGAAUUUUCCCUGCAGUGUUUGUUCAUGUUUGCUCAGGAGGAACACAGUCAUCACAACCUCCAGGUACUAAGAAACGAAAAGCCAAGGCUUUAUAUGACUUCCACGCUGAGAACGUAGAUGAACUCUCCUUCAAGGUUGGUGAUAUCCUAACUGAACUGGAGUCUGUAGAUGAAGAAUGGAUGACUGGAGAGCUACAUGGCAAAACUGGAAUAUUCCCCAAAAACUUUGUCCAGAUUAUACAUCCCUCCUGAAGAUAAAACCCAGUUUUGGACAUCUGCCUACAGAAGCCUAUACAAGCAAAUACCUUACUAGCACAAAAGCACAUUACUGCAGGCAGCAAAGGUUGCCCUCUAUGAUCAUAUGAUCUACUCUUUGACUAUCAAAUGCAUUUUUGCACUAUUUUUAUAAAGGUAUACUAGAAUAUACAAUAUUUUGUAGACUAUACAAUAUUUUGUUUCACGUUUACACUUAUUUAGAAGUCUUUGCUCACUCAUUCUUCCAAGAAACGGAAUUUGGUACAAUACUUGACUGCUGGCAAGUUGCAUUUUAGCAAAUGCAGCUAAAUAUUCAAGCUGCGUUCUUCCUUUCCAAUGCCAUACUAUACUUAAAUCAGUAAACACUAAAUAGCCACUGUGUGAAAACAUUAUCCCUGAUGUACAGUCUGAUCACGUUUGGUGGGUUGGGUUUUUUUGUUUCAGAAACCAUGUUAAACUACUUAUUGCUUACUCCAUCACUUAGUGUUAAAGGAUUAAAAUAUCAUGAAACACGAUUCUAGAAGAGUGUUUCUCAAACGUGGGUUUCCAGCUGCUGUUGGACCUCACCACUGAUCCUGCUAGCUAAGGAUGAUGGGAGCUAUAGUCCAAAAACAGCUGGAAACCCAAGUUUGAGGAAACGCUGGUCUAGGUGGUUACUCAGUUAUAUGAGCAGAUGAAGGUUCUUAUACCAACCAUUGUUCUAUUUAGCCUAGUACUAUCUACUCUGACUGCCAGCGACUCCAAAUGGGUUCAAGCAGUAGUGUUUUUUGGUUGCUAUCUGAUCUUAACUGGCUAUAUAAAGGAUUGAAUCCAGAACAAUGUGUGUGCAGGGCACAUGCUCCACCACUACAUUAUGCAGACAAGUGGCUCAAUAUCUAGUAAUUACAGUAUAAAAAUUUAUCCUAUUCAGAAUGCUGCCUUCAAUUCAACCUGGUGCUUUAUACCCUUCAUUCAUUCAUAUUGUAUUCAAUUUUUAAAACCUUUUGCUGACUUCCCUUGUCAUCUUUUCACCAUAUUUUCUUGAACUACCAGUAAGAGUACUUUUGUGUUCGAAAUAAUGUUGCAUGUGAAAAUAUGCCUCAAUGCUAUAGGUGACAUCCAACUAAGACAUACUCAUAGCAGAUCUGCAGAAAUCAAUGACUUAUUUCAUUGAGUCUACGCUAUGGCUUAGUUGGAUACCACCCUAUAUGACCACUUCUUUAUAACAAGUUAGACAUAGUUUUGUUAAAAAAUCUGUUGCUGCCCAUGGAUUUUGUCUUCCUGUGUGUCUCUAAAAAGUGUGUAACUUACAUCUAAGCUGCAUGGUGGUUUGUUCUUGCCUGCCUUUUUCAGAGUUCUAAGAUGAAUUUUGUUAAGAUGAUAAAGGAAAAAUAGCAAUUCCAUGGUUGUAUUAUACUAAUCCUACAUCUGUAAUGCAGGUCUGUGCUGAAUAAUUUUCAUUACACCCUCCCCCCCCCAAAGUUAGUGUAGGAAACAGCACUUUAUGCAUAUGCAUUAAAAAUCUGAUUAAGCCACGGGCAACUAGACUGAAUCUAAACUGAUCAAGAAACCGUGAAACCGCAAAAGGAAUUACAUAAAGAUUUAAGUCUUUAUGUAACAGUCUUUCCCUGGGCCGUUCACAGACACUCCAAAAUUGUAUCUUCAAAAGAAGGAAUCUUCCAAUUGCAUCCAGAGCAGGCACUAGGCAUUUGAAUUUUAGCAAUGUUUUUCAGAGACUAGAACUUUUGACUACUUUUUCGUAACAUCUUGCUCAUAACAAGUUGAGUUCUUCAUAAGUUAAUGUCUUCACUUUCUUCCAGCCAAUUUGGUAGUUUUAUGACAUAGGUACAAAUAAUUUAUUUCUGCAUGGGCAGUAGAUGCCCAGUCUUCUUCAGAUCCUUGCUAUAUUCAAAUUCGAAAACCAAACCUUUGUUCAACAUGAGGAUACUGAAAUUACAAAUACCCUCCCCUGAACAAUAUGAAACAGAAUUAACUGUGCCUGGAACUGCAGGUGGCUUGCUUCUCAUCCAAGUACAGUGGUACCUCUACUUACGAAUGUUUCUACUUACAAACGAAGCUCUGUCCGCCAUCUUGGAUGAGGUUUAGAUAGGAUUGUUUCUACUUACAAAUUUUUAGAUAGGGUUGCUCCCAAUGCAUUCCUAUGGGAUUUGACUUACAAUUUUUUUUCGACUUACGAAUGAAUGUGCGUUUGGAACGCAUUAAAUUCGUAAGUAGAUGCACCACUGUAUACAGAAAGCUUCAAGCAGCUACAGGUUGCUUUUAAUUGUAAUUCUUUUGCAAUCUGGUCAGUUGAGGACUGAGGUGAUUAAUGCUGAUCAAGAACUUAUUCAAAUUGACUUUGUAGGUGGCUUUCUCCAAAUUUUAUCUCCUAAUCCAUUUCAAAGUUCCCCUUCAAAAACAAGUCAAUUGUCAACUAGUCCUUUUACACAGGAUUGCCCCUGGACCCAGGAUAGUAAAUCUUGUUGAUGUUAGAUGAACAGGUCUGGAGAAACCCUAUACUGUAUUCAGAUUACCAUAAAUUUCUUCCCCCUUCCCUUGAAUAAACCAGUAAGCUGAAGAACUGUUCAUUCUGUUAGAGAAGUGACUUUAGGCUUAGCACUGUACUAGGAAAGGUAAGGUAGGCAAUAUUGUUUAAUUGUACCUAAUAUGUCAUGAUUGACUUCUUUGGAAAAUUUUAUGUAUGCUACCUAAAAUGUUUGUUUCAAGAAAAUUCUGGUUAUCUAAUCUUUAUAAGAACAAACUUCCUCUGUGCCUUUCAUAUAUGAGUCACACACACACACACACACCCAACUUGCUUUCAGUGCAAAAUUUAUAUGGACUACCAUACAAAUUCCCACACCUAAAACAGUAUAUGGGGCUUUGCUAGUACAAAGACAAUACAGUGGUACUUCGGUUUAAGAACAGGCCUGUUUACGAACAAUUCGGUUUACGAACUCCGCAAAACCAGAAGUAGUGUUCCGGUUUGCGUCCGUCCGAGAAUGGAAUCCGACGGUGGAAGGGCACCGGCAGCAGGAGGCCUCAUUAGGGAAAGCGCACCUCGGUUUAAGAAUUGUUUUGGUUCAGUAACGGACUUCCGGAAUGGAUCAAGUUCAUAAACCGAGGUACCACUAUACCAGCCUUUCCAUCCAGCUAUUAUGGAUUCUAUAAUAACAAUAAUAAUUUUAUUAUUUAUACCCCACCCAUCUGGAUUCUAGUUGCUUUCAUACUUUAGCAGAGCAGUAUAUGUCUUAUAAAGCCACCUUUUUCACCAUAUAACCCUGGCUGUUUGAUAGCAGUCAUUAGCAGAUCCUCAUUCUAUCAAAGUUGUAUCCUGUGCAGUUACUAGCAGUUACUGAAGGUCACUUGAAGUGCCCACUGAAAAUCAAUUCCAGAUUCAGGGCAAUGUUUACUUAUUUGUUGAAAAUGCCUGCUUUUCUAAUGAUUUCAAAGAAAUAUUGCCAACAAGUAGAGAUUUAAGUAUUAAGGCAGUUGGGAAUUGCUGACGUUUUUGGCCUCUUUAAUAAAAAUGCAUUAAUUGCUUUUUCCUAAAUGGUUAUUAUAUCUAUUACCAUCUGAUUAAUUUAAAUAGACAACUGGCUGAGCGUUCUUUUAUUCUCAUUGUUCUGCAUACCAAGAUUGCCAAAUGCAACAAUCUCAUCCCAACAGUGCCAUCUAAGAGGGUCAUAAUACAGCUUUAAUGAUCAAAACUUAUAUAUGCAAUCAUAAAUGUAAACCAGUAACUGUUAUGUAAGAGUAUAUUUUAAACCUGCAGGGAUUUUAAACUUACAAAAUCUGUACAAUAUACAAAAGCCACUUUACCUCUGGACAUUCAGUGUAGUCCCCCUCCACUUUAUGGUACACCAUGUUUGUUUAAGCAAUAAACUUUUCUGUUGGACUGAAA